AUGGAGAUUGCAAAGGCUUUGACAAGGGGGACACAUGAGCACGGGUAUGCGGUGCUUGAUGCGUACCGUUAUAUGCUUCGUUUUGCAAAUCCAAGAAGUAAGACGACAUUGAAGGUUGAUGAAAAUGGGAAGUUCAAGUACUAUUUUGUAGCCUAUAAGGCUUGGAUGCUUGGUUUUGCGCAAAUGAAAAAAGUCAUAGUUGUCGAUGGGACAUUCUUGAGGAGCAACUAUAUAGAGGAUACCCCUGAGUUGUGCAUAAUUUCUGAUAGACAUCCAAGUAUCAAAAAGGCGGCUUCAAUUGUCUUCCCUACAUGUCAUUAUGAUUUUUGCAUGAGGCACCUAGGGGAAAAUAUGAGAACCGCCUUUCACAAUGGGGCGGUCGUAUCUCCAUUUUAUAAAGCAGCAAAAGCGUACAAUAUUGAUGUCUUCAAUGACCAUUUCAAUCAAAUCAGAGAUUUGGUUCCUGGGGCCGCCGAACAUCUUGAACGUGCUAGAUUCCACAGAUUGAGCAGGGCAUUCUGCCCCGGAAAUAGGUAUUUGCACAUUUCUGUUUCCAACAAGUAUAAUUUUAUGACGACAAACGCUGUUGAGUCGGUGAACUCAAUAUUCAAUGUUGAAAGAGAAUUUUCCAUCACUGCUCUAUUUGAUUCCAUAAACAGGAGAGUUUUUGACCUGGACAAAAUACCUUGCCCAUAUGCUAUGACAGCGCUUCGAGUCCAAUAUGGUGAAAACUUUGGAAGACGAAUUUAUGACUACUCAUCUCCAUAUUAUAGGGUGGAGAAUUGCAUUAUUGUAUACUGUGAGGAAAUGAAUCCCGUGCCUUCUGAAGAAUCUUGGGAAGUUCCUAUGGAGAUUUUAGAGAGAGAAAUACCUCCCCCACAUGUUGAUCCGAGCAAACCGGGAAGAAGACGGGCAAAGAGGAGGCGUGGAAUCGAGGAAUCAUUUGCAACGAGGAAAAACAAAUGCUCCAUAUGCAAAACAGCUGGUCAUAAAAAAAUCUACAUGCGCAAACUGAAUUGUUCCAUAGUUGUUAAUCUUGCAAUGUCUUGUUACUCAUCUGUUGCAACAGAUAAAUUUGUUGCAACAACUGACUCAUCUAUUGCAACAGAUCAGAAACUUGUUGCAACAGAUUAUCAACUUGUUGCAACUUCUUCAACAGCUGUUAGAUUUGUCGCAACAACUGACCCAUAUGUUGCAACAGAUCAAAAACUUUUGCAACAGAUUAUUAACUUGUUACAACUUCUUCAACAGCUGUUAGAUUUGUCACAACAACUGGCCCAUAUGUUGCAACAACUGAUGCAUCUGUUGCAACAGAUUAUCAACUUAUUGCAACUUCUUCAAUAG